AUGCACAGUGUCCAGCGCCAUUUUGGCAAGUACAUGAAACGGUCGGCCGAUGAACAACAAGUGUCGGUAUUGCUCAAGGACUUUGAAGAGGCGGACAAGUUGUUGACAAAAAUUAUCGAGGCUUCCAAAGCAUGGCGAGAGUCGUGGACCUCCAUCCUCACCCACCAACACCGCGUGUUUGACGAGUUCAGCAUCCUGUACGCUCCGAUUGUCGGGGCCAGCGAAGAUUACCACGGCCAUGUCCCCGCCCAGACCCCCGAUCACGUUGUCCGCAGGACCGCAAGGAUCAAGGGCGAGUGCGAGGAUUUAAAGAGAGAUCUUACCGAGGAUUUGGCCCAGGUUGAAGAGAGGCUCAUCAAGCCGGCUCAAAGUGCAAAGGACAGCCUGCACAACAUGAAGAAGACGAUCAAAAAGCGCGAGGACCGAAAACUCGAUUUCGAAAGGUAUCAGAGCCGGGUUGACUCUCAAUUGAAGAAGACAAAACGGUCGGAACGAGACAAUGUGGCCCUGAGCAAGUCCCAGUCCGAGCUGGAAGCGGCCAUCGAAGCAUACCACGCCGCCGAUGACAACUUGAGAAGCUGUCUUCCACGGCUUCUGACAUCGGUUUUCUCGCUGCUUCCUCACUUUUUGGCGGCCCAGAUCCAGAUUCAGAACAACUUGCUCGGACACUAUUACACGGUGCUGCACACGUACUGCACAGAGGAAGGAUUCCCAUCUCCGGCUCCGCCCAUGGAUGAAGUGAUCCGACUGUGGAACGAUGCAUUCAAACCAGUGCAACGCGAGGCUGAGUCAUUGGCCAUCUUGGCCAAUGGAAAAGCAGCCAGGUCGUCCAUGGAGAAUGGCAACCCUCCGGUCAAUGGCUUUCGCCGCCCAAGUGGUUCGGCCCUCACUGCACAUCGCCAACAGUCGGUCUCCCCAGCGAGGGCUCUUCCACCGUCGCCAUCUUUCGAGCCGAAGUCCAAGUUGUCAUCCUCGCCGGCUGCGUCGUCUAUGCUCAGUGCAACCACUCCACAGGAAUUCAUCGCCAGCCCGUCACCCUCGCAAUCCGCAUACCAGACUCCGAUGGCAUACUCUCCAGCAGGGCCGAACACAGACUAUUUCUCUCGUGAUCGACAGCACUCUGGAGUAUCGGCCGUCUCUGCAGCGACGGCGGCGGCGAUUGCGCAAAAGAAACGACCUCCCCCACCUCCCCCAAGACUACCCUCGCAACAAACCACCUUUGUAACAGCACUGUACGAUUUUGACGGCCAAAGUGAGGGCGAUCUGGCUUUUCGAGAAGGCGAUCGGAUUCGGGUUAUCAAGAAGACUGAGAGCACUGAUGACUGGUGGCAAGGCGAGCUCAGGGGAAUGAAGGGACCAUUUCCGGCAAAUUACUGCCAAUGA